CAGUGUAGUGUUAUCAUUGAAAUUCAUACUUGAGUUGACUGAUAAACAGGAACAAAUAAGUUUUGAGAAUACAUGGUUUCAUGGAAAUGUAGGCCUAGUUUGGGUUUUAGGUGUACAUUUUAAUUAAGAAUUUUCGAGAUGAGUUUUAAACUGUGUACCAUCACAGUUUUUAUUGGCAAUUGGUUGCUCAUUGCAAGUGCUGGAAAGCAUCCGAUAACCGACAAUUCGAUUAAGGGAAAGGUAUCCCCGAGCUACGUGAAAACACCAAACACACACAAAAGAUCACCCGAAUCAUCUUCAGACUGCAAUUACUGUUUGGAAAACUGCAUGAAGAAUGACAAGAAAUCAUGUGUUGAAUUAAAGAGUACAACACACGACAGUGGAUGGACUCAAACACCCGAGACGUCGACAGUGAUCACCUCAGCGGCAACAACUCCAACUGAUGAAGGAACUCCUUCGGAACAGAUGACGGUUACGAACCGUGCAGCACAGGACUGUCCGCCCAAGGACCGUGCGACCCUCCGUGAAAUCUCGGGUGUGAGUGUCGAGGCGGCCGUGGGGAUCCUCGUAUUCGGGCUGUUCGUUGGAGCCAUGGCAACCGCCGCUCUCUGCGUCUGCUGUCCCUCCGUCCAUGAAAAAGCAUCAGCCGUAAGGUCAAACAAGAAGAAAACCUGCUCCAACGGUAAUCUGGAAGAUGAGGAAAUCUCGAACGCUAACGAGCAGAAAUCCCGACCCCUGCCGUUGACGCCGCUCCCUUCCCUACCUGCUGACAUCCGGUCAACAGCCAACAGUGGCCGACCUGCCUCCCAACACAUAUACAGCGAGUCGAUGGAUCUACCUGUCGGCAGCACAAACACAUAUAAUGCGUGCGGCUACGACCACACCAACACCAAAUCGUCAAUUGCUCCAGUGAUGUCACCGACAUACGGAUACAACAAGCUCACUAAUGACGUCAUACCGGGCACGAGCUCUUCGAUAAUCGCCGAUAGCGCCUACCAGCCACUGAACGCCAACAGAAGCCAGAAUGCAGAAUACAAUCAGUUACCCGCUGUUAAGGAUGACGGUGAUUUACGGAGCCAGGAGCACAGCGAAGGUGAAGAUCACCAGUAUUUUGUGCUGGAAAAGGGAGCUGAAAUGGACAGUACGGAAACUGGUCAUCGUGAUAAUGUCACCAGUGUUUCACAUGAUUAUUUUGUGCUGGAGAAAAAGUGAUGCGCAAAAAUUGCAAUGAUUCAGUUUGACAAAUUUGGCAACAAUUAUUUAAUUUUCAAUUAAAUGGUUUUCUUAUAGUUAUGCAGUGCGUGUUGAAUAAAGCGGUUGAAAUAAAAUCCUUAAGGAGUUCACAACAAUGUUUAUAAGGACGAUAGUGAUGAGUUUUUUUAUAGACAUACAGUGUAUAUACUAACGUAUAGUGUUUUUUAUGACAAAUUGUGUGCAAUAAAUUUCAGUUUUGUU